CAGGCUGGUCUCCUCUUGGUCUUUCUGGGGUCACCGGCACCGUUACAACACUGGCACGGCACAUCUGCAUCUCCCGUUCAUCUCCCGUACAUCUCCCGGUCUUGCUUGCGCACUGCAUGUGGAGAAACCCCGGCGGUCUUCCUCGCCCACACUCCUACUACAAUCUGGGGUUCCAGAUGCCUGCCAGUGUCCGUUACGGACGAAGCGAGCCCCUGCCACUAUGACUGGACACUGGUAGGUACCUAGCAACAUCCUUUACCCGCUUGCACCCCACGAGACCGCCCGCAUACUCUACUAGGCCGCUACUGUGUACAUGCGUCACUUCCUGACCUCGCUGGGAGAGUUCAACUCUACGACAUCACUCCUUGCGCCCUCGUCUCCCGUUUCAGCCAACUCCAAGGGGCAGUAUUAUGUCUACAACUGACAGGACAUGCACAAGGCGAAAGCCGUGACGAGUCGGCCGGAUGUAAGCGGUGGGAGCAGCGCAACGUCGCGCUCUGCCAGUGCUCCAAACUUGAAGACCUUCCAGUUCGUCACUGCCAAUCCGGCCUCGGAGGCCGAGAAGUCGCAGAACAAAGCUCUCGUCCGCUCGAAUGCGUCCAACUUCUACUGGCGUCGAGUCAAGAAGACCACGACCGACCCAUCUACAAGCUCCAAUCGAGUCGCUACGAGACGACGCUCAUCGGCGCAAAGCCGCCAGACGAAGCCACCACCGGUCACGCUUACGCCGCCGGUUGCACGCACCCUCGAUUCCCCUUCCACAGAGAGCGGAUGGUCGACACCCAAGACUGAGGAAAGUCACAAUGAACAGAACCAGGAGGAUGUCGUGGUCGACGAGGAAGCAAUGGUUUCUUGUGACAGUAGCUUAUCAAGCCUGGUCGUGUCGGGACACCAUGAUCCAUUCCAGACAUAUCCGUGCGAUCUGCCCAGGGAGUUUGUCAGCCGUGUCCUCGACCAAAUCAAUGGCUUUCUCUCCUUGAUGUUCCCCCCGCAGAAUGGUCGGUCCCUCAAUCCACUGGCCGAAACGUGGCUCCGGACCACCUUUAGCGACCGAGGCCUGUUCCACGCGUCAUUGUUCUCUCAGCUGAUGAGAAACCGCGUCUUUUCUGUGUCGCCGUCGAUGGCGGAAUCCAGGGAACAGGUGCACUGCUACACGGAGACGAUUCGAGGGGUUCACCAGAAGUUCAAAGACACCUCGAUGAGUUUGGAGGAUGAGAACAUCCUCUCUGUCUAUGCGCUCUCAUACCACGGCGACCUCCGCGCCGAUGCUCCCGCCGCCGCUCCCUCUCAAGGCCCUCUAACGACGCUGCAACUGCUUCAUGUGUACGGGGGCCGCCUGCAGACCGUACAAGUGCAUCUCCAAGGCCUUGCCAAAAUGCUGAGUCUGCGAGGCGGUCUAUCUAAAAUCAAGCUUCCUGGGUUAUCCCAAGCGAUUUCUUUUGGCGACAUUGUGAUGGCCUCUCAAACGCUAUCAAGGCCAAUGCUGCCUUACGUCGCCAUGCACGAAGACGUGACGUCGCUGCUCGCCGUGGCAUCGCGGAAAAACCACACUCUUGUCGGCCUGGGCCGAGGAUUCCGCAUCUUGCCCGAAAUGCUCAGUCAUGACGAGGUGUCAAGACUCCUGGUGGUCCUGCGGUGGAUCAUCCAAUAUACAUUCGCGGUGGACGACCAUGUGGAACGAAGGCCUGAAGCACAGUCGUUUGCUGCCCUGAUGGACCAGAGGAACUUUGUCCAGCACAGUCUGAUGCUUCUGACCCCCGAGACGCCUGAAGCAGCACAACUCGAGCAUCCCAUGCAUCGUUUGUCCCGAUUGGCCACGCUCAUUUACAGUCUGCUGGUGGUGUUUCCGGUCCCUGCCAUUGCAGCACCGUUCCACCGCCUCGCCCGCGACGUCAAGGCCCAGCUUGCCGACUCGGCCGUGCAGGCUCGGUGGACAGAGGGGGCGUCGGAUCUCCUUCUCUGGGUGGCCGUCAUGGGUGCCAUUGCGGCUAUUGGCUCACCGGAUCGCCAGGGUUAUUUGGCCAUGUUGGACAGACUCACCCGCCACCUGAACAUCAAUUCAUGGGCUGGCGUCAAGGACCGCUUGAAGAUGUUUCUGUGGUUCGACUACACCAAUGACUCGGACGGGUUGAAGUUGUGGAGGGAACUCGAGGAGUCCAGCCUGUUCCGUAUGCCCAAGUAGACAGAAGUUUGUUGCCUGCACCUACACCUGCACCCGCUUUUUUCAGCUCACGGACAGGAAGUCAUAUACACUUUACUUGUACAUCCAUGUAUGCAAUCGAGGCAUCUAUCUAUCUGUGAGCAGCAGAUAGGAAAUAUAUACACAUCAUAAUGUUAUGGAUGCAUGCCAUUGAUUAAGGUAUCAUAUCAUGUCUAUGCCAUCAAUCACUGUAUCAUAUCUACUGUACGUAAUGUAACGUCUAGCGCCAGGGCUUGCUGCUCUCAAAGCUGCCCUGCAACCGACAACACUGGAAGCUUUCAUGGACCA